AUGAUCAUCCUGAUUGGUAACGGGACCAAACGUCUCGCUAUGCAACACUUGGGCGUGGAAAUCACCCGGCCCAACACCAUCAGAGGCCAUGGCGAGGUGCACCUUUCCAUUUCCCCGGCUACACAGACGGGCGAGAGGCCCCUCCUGAUCGCCGACAGCGAUGUUCCGCCACACAACCGGCUGGGCCGGCCUAGAAAGUCCCCACUCUGCCAUGAAAUCACGGCGCGACCGAUUCCCCAACCUUCGGACGACGCCGCGGCGUCCAAGGUGGAGCACGCGGCCGACCGUAUCUACAGCCGCCUGCUUGUCCCAUUUGCCGACGUCGUAUGUGUUUUUGCCAAUGACUUGGGAGGUCUACACAGCGUCGCCCGCCGCGUGACGGCGUGGCUGGAUCUGGGCAGAUCGUCGAAUGUGACCGUAUGUCCGUGGCUCGUGAUCGUGGUCGACGAUGGCGAGGAGACCGUCGUCCGGCAAGCAUUCACGGACAUGCUCCGUGAGAAGACGAGCAUCGGCAUCUCGGAGGUCUUCCAAGGCGUCCGUAUCGUCAGUCUGAACCAAAUGUCGCCGAAGACGAUGCGGCGAAGCCUUCCGCCAGUGCGGUGGGAUAUACUGUGCAAUGAACUUUCGUACAUGGCCGAGACCAAGCGGAUCGAGCGCCGGCUGGCGAGCAGCCUAUGGUCGGCCACUCAUCUUGCCGCCUUUCUGCGUCAUGCAGCCGACAAGCAGACAGACGGGACGGCGUGGCCCCUGAGCUUCCUGGCCGUCUCGCGUACCGAUAACCCGGUAGCGCCGGAUCUGGAAGCGCAUCUGGCAGACUUCCUCAAAAGCUUUCACUCCCUGGAGCGUCUGAGGGAAUUUGCGAUUCCUGUGAUCGCCUCGAGUUUUCUUCUUGACCAGUACCCGCCAGGGAUGCACUUCUUCGACCCCCGUGCUGUGUUCCGCCAAUUCUACAGAGAUGCCUGCCACAACGUGUGCGGCCGUGCCGUUCUAGCACACCAGGGCUCGACCGAGCUUCUCUUGCCUUCGCAGUUCGCCAACAUGAUUGAGACGGACAUGGUGCGCAGGUUUGGACAGCUGACGUCCGGCGAGUCGGCGGCGUCGCUCCACCGCCAGCUCCUCAGCCGAUUCCAGGACGAUUGGGCCGAGUUCCAGUCAGAACACACAUGUUAUCAUUGCUUACGACGCCGGCCGCGGUUCUUCUCCGUCUGCGGCCACGGCUGGUGCAUGAACUGCGUGGCCGUGUUCGGCGUUCGCAGCCCAGACGACCCGUGGCUUGUGCGAAUCGACAGAUGCCUCCUGUGCCGACGAGAGCUGGAGAUGGUCGUCAGGGUGAAGCCGGACACGGCCACGGCUAGGGUCUUGUGCUUCGACGGCGGCGGCACAAGGGGGAGAUAUCCGUUGAUGCUAUUGAAACAGCUGCAGGACAGCAUCGACCUGCCCAGCCAUCCCGUGCAGCAGCACUUCGAUGUCGUGUACGGCACGAGUUCUGGUGCGAUCAGUGCGGGUGCGCUAUGUCUCAACGGCUGGACCGUCGAAGAGUGCAUCGCCUGCUUCGAGUCUUUGGCACGCCAUGCCUUCACGCCCCGUCGCAUACCCGCCAUUCCAUUUGUCCGUCCGCUGCUUCAGAUGCUGAUGCAUUUGCCUCUCGCGCCCGCUCUCGUCCGCCUCAUUGCUCUGCUCGUCUUCGAUAGCCGAUACCCGUCGCGGCCGAUCGAGGAGGCUUUACGCCGGGUCUUCGGGCCAGAGAAGAACAUCGUAGACUAUUCUCCUGCCACCGCUAUGGGCACGCAUGUCGGUAUGACGGUUGCGACCGUUCAAGACGCGAGUGCCUGCGUCUUCACUAGCUAUAAUGGAGGGGGAGAGCGUGGCGAAGACCGAGAUUAUCACGUUCUUGCACCGGAGAGGGGUUUGAGAAAGAUACCGCUAUGGGAAAUUGUCCGCAGCGCGACGGCAGCUCCAUAUUAUUUUACACCAUGGCGCAUCGACGGACUCGGGGCGUUCCAAGACGGUGGCUUAGUUGCCAAUAACCCAUCCUAUAUUGCCCUGCAGGAAACUGCCUCCCUGUACCCCGUUACCCCAGACCCAAGCAUCUUCGUCUCCGUGGGGACGGGGUCCAGUCAGGCCGAUGAGCCGCCCUCGUCGGAGUCUGGUGGGCCGUGGAGAGACUGCUUCCCGUUACGGCUUGUCCGGGCCUUGUGGAACCUCGGGAGUACGAAACGAACCUGGCAGCAGGUAAUCACGAAUAAGCAGGUAGGCCACACGGGUGAGUUCUUCCGUUUCGACGUCGAGUUCGAGGGCGCGGAGCCGCCACUGGACGAUUUGUCCGAUUUCUCUGAUGCAGACGACGUUUUCGAGGGCUUGCCCGAGUUGGAGCGCUUGGCCAUCUGCCUAAGAGCGGAGCUGUUCGUGUUCGAGUUGAAUCCGGUGCAGCCAAUCCGUUUCGUCAACGGUGAGUUUGAGUGUCUCGGGCACAUACGGUGCCGGCUGGGAGCGGAUUCCGAUGAGUUCGUCGCAUUCAUGACGCAGCUCGAUGCGGCUCUUGCUUUCUUCCGUGUUGGCGACCGCACACUAGCUGGUUGCUUCCAGGACCAGUCGUUGCUAGAUGCCGGCGGCAACUUCUGCAAGGAGGUCAGGUUUCGAGUGGCUAGUCGGGACGAGCCCAUUCCUAUUACUCUUUGGGAGAGGCCUGCCGAAGGUUGCAACAUCAGCGGCUCGCCUUUCAAUUUGCGGCGGCUGGUUCGUGAGCAAAGGCUUGAUGCGCCCUUUGGCACGGCGGACCACCGUAAGAGAAGAAGAGGGGAUGGAGAAGACGUGGACGCACGAUGCAAGCGGCAGAAGCGGUAG